AUGUGCCAGGACAGACCGCUUCCAGACACAGUGGACAUCCACGGCCCAUCCUGUGCCAGUUGGCUGUGCCCCCUGCCACUGACACCAGCCAGGUCUGCCCUGUUGGCCUCCCAGAGCCUGGAUCUCUGCCUAUGUCUGCAGCUGGCACCCCCGGGCACAGCCCCACAGGGCCUCAGAGAGGACUCCCAGACACGAGUAAAGCGCCAGUCACCAGGGCCGCAUGCCAGCUCCACCGAUGACGACAAACUCCCAGCCACAUCCCCUCUGAGCAGGGAUACGAUGGGAAGCCAGCAGGAAAGAGCUGAUGAGGAGGCCCCCUGCCCGUCCUUCUCUCCUCACAACAGCUCCUCCCCAAACCCCUGGCAGAAUGGAAAGUGCUCCAGCUCCUUGGCUUUCUGCUCCUGCCCCCCACCCAUACCCAUCUCCAAAGAACUCCCAUUCCGCCUUCACCCCCUCUGCCCUGCAUAUCCACUUCUCCUGCCCCCACCUUAUCUGUUCACCUAUGGGGCCCCUUCUGUCCAAUGCCAUCCUUUCUUCAUGUUGCCCCAAGAUACCUCCUACCCCACCAGGGCUGUGCCCAGUGUGCUGAUGAGUGUCAGUGAGCCUGGGCACCACAGCUCCUGGGGGGAGACCCUGCGUCCCUACCCAGGGGCCUCUCAAGCCUCUGGUCAAACCUCACUGUCCCAGGCCCCGAUUCCAGGCCCUGGAGCUGCCAGGACCUACUCCCCAGUGCCAGAGCAUGCUGGCAGGGCAGCUCCAGCAAAGCGGGCCCCACUGGGCUCCCGUGCAGCCCUGCCUUACCCGCUGAAGAAAGAGAAUGGCAAAAUCCUGUACGAAUGCAACGUGUGCAGCAAGAGCUUCGGGCAGCUCUCCAACCUCAAGACGUGCCACAAGCGCUUCAGCAGCUCCAGCAACCUCAAGACGCACCUGCGCCUGCACUCGGGGGCCCGGCCCUUCCAGUGCAGUGUCUGCCCGAGUCGCUUCACCCAGAACGUUCACCUGCAGCUGCACCAUCGGCUGCACGCUCCACUGCCCUGCAGCCUGGCUCAUCCCCACCUACCUCUGGCAUCUCUCACCUGCCUUGCCGGGUGGCACCAAGGGGCACUAGAUCUUGUGAUGGUGCCAUCAGAGAGGCAGGUGGGCCAGGAAGCUGACAACAUGAAGGUGUCCUCAGCAUCUCGGGGAAAGCAAGGGCAGCCAGCCUGA